CUUUUCUUUCUCUUCCCCUUUAUUUUUCACUUCUUUAACCUCAAACUUUCUUCAUCUCUAGUCUGUCUCUACUCUCUACCUAAGUGUGAGUGUGAUUUAUAAAUGGGAAGGGGAAAGAUAGAGAUUAAGAGGAUAGAAAACACAACAAACAGGCAGGUCACGUUUUGCAAGAGAAGGAAUGGAUUGUUGAAGAAAGCUUAUGAAUUAUCUGUGCUUUGUGAAGCUGAUAUUGCUCUCAUCGUCUUUUCCAGCCGCGGCCGUGUUUAUGAAUUCUCCAAUAAUAACAACAUACGAUCGACUAUUGAGAGGUACAAGAAAGCUUACACUGAUGGUGAAAACUCUGCUACCGAAAUCAACGCCCAAUUUUACCAGCACGAAUCUGCAAAGUUAAAGCAGCAAAUACAAAUGAUGCAGAACUCCAACAGAAAUCUAAUGGGAGAUUGCUUGAGUUCAUUGACUAUUAAAGAGUUGAAGCAGGUGGAGAAUAGGCUUGAGAAAGGCAUCUCUAGAAUUAGAUCCAAAAAGCACGAAUUGUUACUGGCUGAUGUCGAGUUCAUGCAGAAAAGGGCAGAAGAGCUGGAGCAUGAAAACUCAUUUCUGCGAGCUAAGAUUGCAGAAGUAGAAAGGGUGCAACAGGCAGAGCUAAAUAUGGUGGCAAGUACAAGCGGGAUUAUGGAAGUUUAUGUUGGGCAACAAGACAUCGUUGCAGAAAACAUCCUAAACAAUUGCUCUCAUUUUGGUCAGCCGGAAAAGAAGUUUCUUCAUCUUGGCUAAUUAUAGCUCAGUCAUGGUUGCUAAUUAUAUCCUACAAGUAUUUAUUUAUUUUUCUUAUGGUUUGACACUAAUCGAUAAGCUAUCGCCCCAACAGAAUGAUACUCUUGGGUUAUGCAUGUUUGCUAUAUUUGUGUGCUAAUAAUUAAGUAGCAGUUGUAGCCAGCUGUACUUUAUUUAUUAUACUUAUAUACUUCUAUCAUAGAGCUCAC